UUCUGCUGAUGGCUCAAACGUUGGGUCUGGAGCCGUCAAGCCGCACGCACGAAGACAGAGAAAGCCCAAAUGCAUUUGAUCAAGAUCACCUUGUUACUGAGCUUAAUGGCUCUGUGCCACAUGAGUCAGGUGCAGGCCCUUUCGGCUAACUUUGAGAAGUACCUGAAUUGCUUCCAGGCGAUAAACGAGGGCGCUUCCUUGUUGAUCGAAAACAGCAUACCAUCCCUGAAGAUCAUGGUUUUGUGCAUCGACUACCGUCCCAGGCUGGACAGGGGCUUGAAUUCCUUCCUCAAGUACAUUCGAGUCGUGCACGAAUUCGCCAAGAAGGCGAUCUACAAUAAGCCGGACUGCAUUGUCCAAAUGCUUUCGGCGGCUAUCACUCUGCUGAAACCCACGGAACGAAAGUUUAACCAACUGAAGUGCUUUGACGAUUAAAGUGUACAAUAAACAAUACAUUUUCAAAUAAAACACCAGAGCAUAACAGGAGUUUGCGAGGCUCAGCAAACCGAAUAUGAA